ACUGGAUUUCCCUGAACAUGACCUUUUGAGAGAUAUAUGUAUCUCUUCAAAGCUGUUUGACUUGUGAUAAGGGCUAUAGUUAUCUAAGAACACAAACUCUGCAUCUGGAUAAUGGAAGACAACUGGCAGCUUAAAACCAGUUGCGACAGCUUGCGGAAGAAAUGUGUAGAUUUGCAUACCAGUCAGCCCUCUGAUUCUGAAAGAUGCGACAGUGUAGAACUUGAUGAAAAAAUAAGGAUUCUGAUCAGGAAGAAUGAUGCUCCUGAGUUCUGUAAGAAGCCAGAGAACAUUUCAUGUGUCCUAAAUGCCUUUGAAAAAAGCAAGAGCCAAAAUCGUUCAGGGAAGGUACCAGCUGUUAUGGAAUCCAGGAAAACUUCAGAAAUCAUUUCAGAAGGUAUAUUUACAAAGAAGCUAACAGAUAUAUCAUUGGAACAAAAAAUUAUAUCAUUAGAAAGGCAGAAACAGGAGCUUUUGUCAGUGAACAAUCAAUGGGAUCAACAUUUCAGGCAGAUGAAGCAGCAUUAUGAAAAAAAGGUCACAGAAAUGAAAGCAAAACUGGAAACAGUACAGAAGAUUGUUAGGGAUCUUGAACGAGAAAGGUAUCAAACGCAAGAAGAGUGCCAAAGACUGGAAGACUUGAUGAGAAACCAAUUAGCACAGGAAAUGAAAGAUCAGUACACACUGAGGAAAGAGAACAGGUUUUUGAAACAGGAAACUGCCCUCACAAACACAAAGAAGAUGCAUUAUGAAUGUGAAAUAAAGCGACUCAACAAGUCCCUUUUGGAUGCCUUGAAACACCAAAGCACAUCCUCCCAGAGCUCUCACGUGGAGGCAUUGGAUGGGAAUUGCAACCAAGAGGAGAUGAGAAUGCAUAUUGAACUUCUCCAGGAACAGGUUCAGAUCUAUGAAGAAGACUUCAAAAAGGAAAGAUCUGAUAGAGAGAGACUCAGUGAAGAGAAAGAAGUUCUGCAAAAAUUUAAUGAGCAAUCACAGUUCCAGUUGAACAAAUUAAAAUCUCAGAUUAAACACUACCAGGCUGAAAACCAACUUCUUCAGAAGCGAGUAAAACAACAGGCCGAAGAUUUCCAAGCACUUGAAGAAAAACAUUUCUGCCUGCAGCAGUUGUUUGUUCCUCCUUCCCUUAGUUGUGGGAAUUGCGGCAUACUUCAGCCAUGCUCUGAACCUCAAAUAACGCUGGGCUCAUGUGGUGCUAACAGAAAACAACAGCAGCCCCCAGUAAGUUGAGACUCCUGUCAGCAUUCACUGAGAAAGCAGAAAUACUCAGAGAUCAACAUUUUACAACCAGAUUCUGCAAGUGUAUCAUGAGAAAGAAUGAAGUAAUGUAAAAAAUAUGCAAUCAUACCAGCAGUUUAAUUUUAUUUUCAAAUGCCACAUUUCUUUUUAGCUAUCAUUUCAUUAUAACCUCUUCCUUCACCUACCUCAUCACUUCUGCUUUCUCCUGAAAAUUUAAUAAGUUUAUUAUUUUGUAUCAAAUAAUGGACUCAUUUCUAUCAUUUGCAUUUCCACACAUCAAUUUAAACACCUUCCAGUAGGACAAAGAAAAAAACAUCUUGUUCUUAUUUUUUCUCAUCUACAGUUGUACUUCUGUAUGAUUAUCAUUUAAAAAAGUAAAUUCAGAUUAUUAAAAAGAUGCAUGUUUAUUUUUCUUUAUCUACAGGUAUGUGUUAUCUCCCCUUUCAGUUAGAAAUACAUAAUUUCCACUUCGAUGGAAAUUGUUUUACCUAUAUUUUUAAUUAUAUAAACGA